AUGUCUCAACCUCUGAAGAAGAUUGCAAUUGUUGGUGCUUCUGGGCGUAUAGGAGGCUAUAUCGCCAAAGCACUUGUCAAAAAUGGCAAGCAGACCGUUACUGCUCUCACUCGGGCUGAAAGCAAAGGUACACUACCUGAGGGCAUUGUGCCUGUCAAGGUCGACUUCUCAGAUGGUGCAUCGCUGGAGUCUGCUUUGAAGGGACAACAGGUUCUUAUUAUCACGCUGGGAGUCACUGCGCCGCCUGAUCUGCACGAUCGCAUCGUUGCAGCCGCAGCAACGGCUGGAGUUCCAUACAUCAUGCCCAACAACUGGGGAUUUGAUGUGACAUCUCCUUCCUACCAAACAGAUAUGUUUGGAAAGCAGGCGUGGCAAAACAUGCAAAGUAUCACUGCGACAGGUGUCUCCGCAGCAAUUGCACUAGUCUGUGGACGAUGGUACGAGUGGAGUCUUGCUAUCGGCGAACACGCCUUUGGUUUCGAUAUCAAGAAUAAGAAGGUGACAUUCUAUGACGACGGAAAAUAUAAAAUCAACUCCAGUACUUGGGACUUGUGCGGAGAAGCUGUGGCUGCGUUGUUUUCCCAGCCCGAAAGCAUAGUUGCCGAAUUCAAGAACAAUGUUCUGCGCAUCUCCAGCUUCACGGUUUCACAGCGCGACAUCCUUGACAGUUUGCACAGAGUCAUGGGCACAACAGAUGCCGAUUGGAGUAUCUCAUUCCAGUCGAGCCAAGAACGUUUCCAAGAGGGACUUGCAGAGUUGCAGAAGGGCAAUCAAGUCGGCUUCGUCAAGGCCAUGUAUGCGAAGGGAUUCUUCCCUGGUGGUGAUGGUAACUUCAGCGACAAAGGCCUGCAAAAUGAACGGUUCCACCUGCCAGCCGAAGACCUUGACACAUCGACAAAGCGCGCAGUCGACAUGGUUCAAAGCGGCUGGAACCCAUGGGCUUGA